AUGGUCUGCUGCCAUGGCGGCCGCCGCAGCGCCGCAAUCCUAUUCUUUGCCGUGGCCGCGGCGGCCUGCGCUGCGGCGCCGGCGGUGGCUCAGGAGCCCAACACCGACGCCUACUUCGUCUCCGGGUUUUUCUCCAAGCUGGGCCGCGCCGCGCCGUCCUCGUCCGGCGCCAACGGGGUGUGCUCCUGGCCCGGCGUGUCCUGCGACGGCGAGGGGCGGGUCGUGGCGUUCGUGGCCGCCGGGAUGGACCUGGCCGGCGCCAUCCCGGAGGACACCGUCGGCAAGCUCGCGCGUCUGCAGGUCCUCGACGUCAGCCGCAACCGCCUAACCGCGCUGCCCAAUGACCUGUGGGAGCUCGGCGCGUCGCUGAGCGCGCUCAACCUCUCCGGCAACGCCAUCCGCGGCGCGCUCCCCAACAACGUCGGCAACUUCGCGCGCCUCAAGGUGCUCGACGUCUCCCACAACGCCUUCACCGGUGCGCUGCCGCAAGCGCUCGGCUCCAUUACCGGCCUGCAGGUGCUCAACGCCAGCCACAACCAGUUCCAGGGUCAGGUCCCCAACGCCAUCGUCUUCGGCUGUGUGAACGUCGUGGCUAUGGAUCUCUCCGGCAAUGCACUCGACGGGGGCUUGCCGGACCUGUCGCCGCUCCGCUCGCUAGCCCAUCUCAACCUGUCGGGCAACAGGCUCGGCGGCUCCAUCAUCGGGGCGUUCCAGGAGCAGUUGAGGGUGAUAGACCUCAGCAACAACGGCUUCUCCGGGUUGAAUUUCAGCAGUGGGUAUGCCGGCUCGGCGUUGAUGUACCUUGACUUGUCAGGAAAUCAGCUUACAGGAGAAUUCACCAUGGCCGGCCGGUUCCAGAACCUGAGGCAUGUGAAUCUUGCACACAACCAGUUGUCCAAUGCUAAUUUGCUGGUGUCCAUGGGUGAGAUAUCUGGGCUGGAGUUUGUUAAUCUGUCUAGCACUGGGCUGCAUGGGCAGAUUCCUGCUGAUUUUUCAUCCCGAUUGGUUGGAUUGAAGGUGCUCGAUUUAUCACGGAACAAUAUCAGUGGGAUAGUCCCAGACAUGAGUUCUCUUCGUCUACAUGUGCUGGACUUGUCAGUGAACAAUCUCACCGGUGAGAUACCUGUGGCAUUGGUGAAGAAGUUGGCAUCGAUGGAUCGGUUCAACUUCUCAUACAACAAUCUCACUGUUUGUGCCUCUGAGCUCUCCCCUGAGGCGUUUGCUGCUGCAUUUGCUCGGUCCAGGAAUGACUGCCCAAUUGCUGUGAAUCCAGAUAGUAUCAAGAAAAGUAGAGGGAAGCGUAAGGGGAUAAAGUUGAUGCUCGCCGUUGUACUCUCCUUGUUCUUCUCUGUUCUUGGUUUGCUUUGCUUGGCAGUGGCAUGUCGGAGGCGGAGGAAGAGGUGUGAUGAGCUGCCUGUGGUUAAGCAGGUGUCGUUCAAGGAGGAGCCUGCUGUAUCAGGGCCAUUUUCUUUCCAGACAGAUUCAACAACGUGGGUUGCUGAUGUGAAGGUUGCAACUUCAGUGCCAGUUGUCAUAUUUGAGAAGCCCUUGCUGAGCUUCACAUUUGCUGACCUCUUGGCAGCAACAUCAAACUUUGACAGGGGUACCUUGCUGGCAGAAGGGAGAUUUGGGCCAGUGUAUAGGGGAUUCCUUCCUGGCGGAAUUCAAGUCGCCGUGAAGGUGUUGGUCCAUGGAUCAGUAAUGGAAGACCAAGAUGCAGCAAGGGAACUCGAGCGGCUGGGACGGAUCAAACAUCCUAACUUGGUUCCUUUGACUGGUUACUGUCUGGCAGGGGACCAGAGGAUUGCCAUCUACGAGUACAUGGAAAAUGGCAAUUUGCACAACUUACUGCAUGACUUACCGCUAGGAGUUCAGGCAACUGAAGAUUGGAGCGGCGACACAUGGGAGGACAACAUUGGUGGUGUCGCAACUGAAAUCAUCACACCGGAAGGUACCGCCACAUGGAUGUUUCGACACAAAAUUGCAUUAGGUGCCGCGAGGGCACUGGCAUUCCUCCAUCAUGGCUGUAUCCCGCAGAUUGUCCACCGGGAUGUGAAGGCAAGCAGCAUCUACUUUGACUACACAAUGGAGCCUAGGCUGGCUGAUUUUGGGUUGUCAAUGGUCGCUGGAACCAGCACCGACAAUGACCUAUUACACCAUUCCCCAGGCUAUGCUCCGCCGGAGUUCUCCAACUCGGAGAACGCCAUGGCGACCGCAAAGUCCGACGUUUACAGCUUUGGUGUCGUGUUGUUCGAACUGGUCACCGGCAAGAAACCAUUGGGUGAUGAGUACCCUGACCAAAAGGAGGCGAGCCUGGUGAACUGGGCCAGGGCGAUGGUGAAGGCGAACCAUGGGCCAAGCAUCAUUGACCCCAAGAUCCGCGACACGGGGCUGGAGCGGCAGAUGGAGGAGGCGCUGAGGAUCGCCUACCUGUGCACCGCGGAACUGCCGUCUAAGAGGCCGGCCAUGCAGCAGAUUGUCGGUCUCCUCAAGGACAUCGAGCCGAAGGUAGAAGAGCGGGAUUGA